AUGCAAAGUGCCAGGAAAACAGCAACUCUUGCUACCGAUUUGUGGGUCGAAACAGCAAAGUUUGAAUUUUGUUUUCCAGAAGCGCUUGCAUCUGACCUUUCCCAGAACAUUGCAAUCUCUUCUUUGCAGAAGAGCGCCCAGUCUCUUACUCCAUACGCCGGUAAAGAUGAUCGAAGGAAAGCGCGAAGUCCAGGAGCUAGGCAUUCAGAGAAUCCCGUCUCAACAGCCGCAUCUGCAUCUGCUGCGGGAAGCUCUGCCUCCAUUUUUGCCAUUCCCGUGUUCCCACUCCCUCAGCGGGAUCCCAAGAAGCUCUACGUGAUAGCAUUAGAUCUUGCAAGGGAACUGGGGAUGCGUGACUCGUAUACGCUCUUCCACCGCAAUGUGGAAACAUUGACAAAGCUCUGGGCUUCGGAAGACGAAAAAAACUGGCUGUCAUCCCUGGGGCUGAUUGCAAGCAACAUCAGACACAGAGAUAUCUCGCUUGUCGAGGUUGGCCAGGCCAUCAAAAAAUAUGCCGUAAAUUUGGCCAAGCCUGGGAUUUCCAUAUCGCGACUGGAGCAUUUUAUUGAGAAUCCGGUCAUUUCAGACAUUCUUACUGUUGCCGAAUUUGAGGGCAUGAAGAGCUAUGGGUUGGUACCGGAGGGAUUUUCACCCUCUUUUGAUUCAGAGCAUCCAAAGGAUAUUCACAUCCCCGUUUUCGACACGCCACCGAACAAACGGACCAAAAUCGCAACUGCCACCUCCAGCGACUCUCUGGCAGAGCACUUUUCCGACCCUGCUUGUUCGCAGCUCCUGACCAGGGCAAUUGCAGAGGCCUCCGAUUAUAAUCGCUGGCUAGUAAUUGGCGAAUUUGAAAAUGUCCAGCGCGUGAAGCUUUCCGAGAACGACUCUCCUCACUAUGAGAUCGAGUGCAGGCACGGCGCAGACGGUAUUUGCAAAUCCACAUCUGCUUUACUCUGCCAAAUGUAA